AUGGACUCAGCCACCCCCUGCAUCAAGGCCAUCAGUCCUAGCGAAGGGUGGACGACGGGAGGUGCCACCGUCAUCAUCAUCGGGGACAACUUCUUCGAUGGGCUGCAGGUCAUCUUCGGCACAAUGCUGGUCUGGAGCGAGCUGAUCACCCCCCAUGCUAUCCGCGUACAGACCCCGCCCCGGCACAUCCCUGGCGUGGUGGAGGUCACCCUCUCCUACAAGUCCAAACAGUUUUGCAAAGGCACCCCCGGGAGGUUCAUCUAUACAGCCCUGAAUGAGCCCACCAUCGACUACGGCUUCCAGCGGCUGCAGAAGGUCAUCCCACGGCACCCUGGCGACCCCGAGCGCUUACCCAAGGAAGUCAUCCUGAAGAGGGCAGCCGACCUAGUAGAAGCUCUGUACGGGAUGCCACACAACAACCAGGAGAUCAUCCUAAAACGGGCAGCGGACAUUGCGGAGGCGCUCUACAAUGUGCCGAGGAACCACAACCAGCUGCCGGGCCUGGCCAACAGCUCUGUCCAUGCCGGCAUGAUGGGGGUCAAUUCCUUCCCGGGCCAGCUGGCAGUCAACGUGUCCGAGUCCACUCAAGCCUCUAACCAAGGCUUCAGCCGGAACACGAGCAGCGUCUCCCCCCACGGAUACGUGCCCAGCUCCACACCACAGCAGACCAGCUAUACCUCCGUCGCCACCAGCAUGGAUGGCUACGGUAACACAGGCAUGUCCACGCUGGGCGGCUCGCCCAACUUCCUCAACGGCUCCGCUGCCAACUCGCCCUAUGCCAUUGUGCCCUCCAGCCCCACCAUGGCCUCCUCCACCAGCCUGCCCUCCAACUGCAGCAGCUCCUCGGGAAUCUUCUCCUUCUCUCCCGCCAACAUGGUGUCCGCCGUCAAGCAGAAGAGCGCUUUCGCACCCGUGGUGCGGCCCCAGGCCUCUCCGCCGCCCACCUGCACCAGUGCCAACGGCAACGGCCUGCAAGAUCAAUCUUUCGUGGACUCUAGCAAGUACUCAACAGCCGGCUCGUUACAGGGCCUGGCCUUCUCCUGAACGAUUCCUGGGAUGAUCGUCCCUCCGAUGUAGAAGAUUUGUGAAGGGAGGCGGGGACACUGCAACGCCGAGGAUUCCAGCUCUCAAACCCAGGCAUCUGGACAUGAGAAACGGGAACCGUAACUCAGGCCUUUAUUUAAAAACAAAAAAAAACAAGGAGUUAUAUUUGGUAAAAACAAAAAAAAAAACAGGGGGAGAGCACUGCAACAACGCGUUCACGUUUUAAAUUCGUAAAAUCUCAUGGAUGCCUGUGAAGAAGCAGGGCGAGGCCACGGACAAGCCUCCCUGCAAAGCCGGACGGGAACCCUAUUUAUUUUGGAAAAAUCUGAUUUCUCCCUGUUGCUUUCUCGUCUAAGUUUUCAUUUAGUUUGAACCUAUUUUUAAGAAUUGUAAUAUACACAAGUGACUCUAUUUCGGUGUAUUUUAUUUAUAAUGUUUAAUUGAGGGAUGGAGCGGAAUGUGACAGAGGCGUGUAGCUUUGUGACUGUGAGAUUCAUUCAUUAGCGAAUUUCUUCUAUCAGGAAUCAGGAAUGAAGACUGAAGUGGUUAAAGGCCCACAGUGGGUCGCACUGCUUAGUCCUUCUGGAAAUGGGAUUUCCGGGGUUGAGCCUCGGAAGGGCCUCCGGAGGGCGCUGUAGGUAGUAAGGGCCGACACACACACACACUGGUCUCUACACUCAUCUCACUGGCCGCUAUCAGGUCAAACAUGGUCGUCAAUUGAUCCUUGGAGUCAUUUACCCGCAGUGCGAUUCUGAUCUCACAGUGUUGCGCUGGCAUGUUCGCCCCAGCACUCCCUGGGGUUUCUCUGUGUGUAUUGCGGCUUGGGGGGGGUGGGGGGGUGGUCAGGGUUUGCCGUAAAUUAACAAAGCCCUUUAUUUUUAACAUUCGCUAUUAUAUCAGUUAAGAAACAAAAAUGCAAUGAACAGGUUGUCAACAUUAUAUGUUGACUUUACAAAUGAGAGGUUUUAUAUUUUUAGUAGCCCUGCGGACGGAUCCUGCUCUACAUGUGGCUGUUUAGGGAAAAUUUUGUUUCUCUUUCAUUUUGUAACGAGACUGUGAUCUUCAUAGUUGGCCUUCUGUGCUUUCUUGCCUCCUAACAAGAACAAACGUUGAAGAAGCGAAAGGAGAGAGUUCCCUCGGGGAAAGUGCAUGAAUAAACGAAGGAAAAAGACUUAUUUUUCGGUAAUCAUGAAGGAGCACUGUUACGUAACACGAGGUCUUUACACUUUGUCCUUUCUUUUCCUAUCCAGCACUAAUAAUCUGCUCAACAAAAGUGUCAAAGACCCCAAAAAAAAUCGGUCGGAUCAUUUCAAUCCUUUAUGUUCUAUAAUUUGUGUAUAUAGUAAUACAUGUUUGUUUUUGUGGUUAGAUUUUUUUUUUGUUUUGCCAAAGCCAUUGUUUUUAAAUAUAUUUAUACAUUAAAACGUCUUAAGGCAGCUUCAGGGUAUGUUUACCAACCGCUAACUUGCAAAUGAUAAAAACAGAGAUGAUGUGGAAUUUCUGGAUACAGUUUUCUGUAAAAUAUCCAUAUAAAUAAUGUAUUUAUCUCUGGAACCUGCGCACCGCCUCUCUCCCCAUGUUGAUUUGUUUGCUCUGUGAUGAAGUGCUGACCUCCUUACUUUACUUGGCAUCUGGCUCUUUCAAUGUGAUAUUGAUUUCUCUCAUUUAGCUUCUCAUUUCUCAUUCAUUUUUGUACCGUUUAAAGCUGCGCUUCCAUGUUUUUUAUUUUUAUUCCCGCACAUGAAAAGCCAUCGUCUAUUUUUGUAUUAUUUGUAAGUUAAUGAAGAGUUUUUUUUCUUUUUUUGGAGUUUUCUUAAUGUAUGGCAAAAAAGUAGCAUCUUAUUCUGAUAGUAUUUAGUUAUGUAGAUUUUAAAAUAUGAAUAUAUGAAUAUCUAUCUUUUUUUUUUUUUUUGCUCUGUGAGGCUAACAGGAGCUCAUACUGUUUUGAAUUAAUAAUAUGCAUGGCUCUUUAAUAUGAGAGUGACAGUUGCAUUCUGUGCGUUGAGACUAGGAAGCCCGUUCUGAGGAAACGCUCUUGAAAAUACUUUCUUUUGGGGAUUCUGCCUUCUGUUCUCGCUGCCGCCCUCCCUUGGUUAUUGAAACCCGCUUCCUCCAUUUCAGUUUUUUCUCACUAUUACAUGAACCAGCAGUUCAGAUGCCUUAACAAUGCAAACCCAUUAGCACCACUGUCGAGGGUCGCCGGGGAGCUCCUGAGAAGAUUUUAUUUUGAAAAAGGGGAUGGGGGCGGGUGGGAUGGGGGGGGGACACGGAUUGAGAUGUUUUCAUGAUCCAGAUUGAUGUUUACCGGCACUCGUUAUUCCUCAUGGCCCAACAAGACAGACCCUGUCGAUCGAUGCACUUGGGGCGGGGGGGGGGGGGGGGGCAGAGCAGGGAGUGAGAGACUCAAGAUCUAUGAUCAAUAUUUAAUGUGUGUUGCAGCUGGGUGGGGUGCAGGGAGUGUGGGGGGCACUGUAUCAUUAAUUUAAGACAAAGCUGGCCUUUUAUUGUCUCUGUGAUUUCUUGUUUUCCUUUAAAUCAGGGUAACUGGAGUAGAAGAGAAAAAUAAAGGCCAUAUUCUUUAAGGCCGUUGAUUGAGGCCGAAUGUUUCCUCGUCUGGCCUGUAAGGACGUGCCUCACCCCCCAACAAGCUCCCCCCGACCCCCAGCAUUCAGCGGGGAAGGCUGGGUCGCGACACCCCUCACCUUAAGCGUUUUAGCGAUUUUAUUGGGCACUUUGAAGCGUGUUUGCGUGUAUCUCCCACAUGGUCCACCCACCCCCCCCCGCCCACCCCCCAAAAAACAAAAUGGCUUUUUAUUUUACAUUGGAGAUAUUGGCUUAAAGUGACAUGCAAAGCAAGGGUCUUGCUGAUGGACCUCUGGGUCAGAAACAAUGGCAAUGUCCUGAGUGGGUACUGGGGGUCUUGGGGGGGGUGGUGUGUGCUUAUUUUUGUUUCAGUUUAAUUUAACACAAUGAAGAGAAUGAGAAUACCUGACGGAGGCUUUGUGUGUGCGCUGUUUCUUCCCCAUGAUGGAGACGGCCAAAGAGGACUGCCGCUGUGUUUGACACAAUCAAGGCUAAAAGCUGGUUUUCUUUCUUCUUCUUUCCACUUUUUUGAUUUUGUUUGUUUGUUUUUUUUUGACUGGUCACACUGAACAGUUCUACUGAAGAGGGAUUAAAACUACUGUAUAGAUUGUUAUCAUUUUUGAUGAACUCUGAGCUGUAAAAUUACUUUUUGACUUUCACAAUAUUUAAUUAAAGUUACUUCUUGUCUGUGA